CCCAGACCACUCUCGUCUGUAGGCCUCUACCCGUUUUCCGCCUGCUUGCCGCCCUAUUUGCUUGCCGGCUCUCGAACUAGCCCUCGUCAGGCGGUGCUCAACCCGGCCUCGUCGCCCGCCGACCUGCGUGGCCUCGCGCUUCCGAGCCCGUCGGCCCACAAGUCCUGUCUUUCCGAGUCGGUUACGGCCGGCUCGAGCUGCUUCGACGACCAGCUCGACCCGCCGUCGGGCGCAUCUUCGGCCCAUCCCCACCUCCGGUCGACUUCGCCAGUCUACUUGGCCUGCAACCUCGGCUUGGGCUUGGGUCUCGGUCUUCCGACCAACUGUCCGUCGGGCCCGGCAACCGGCAGGUUCGCCGGCGCCGACAUGCAAUUCAAGCCGCCCUCGAAGCCCGCCUCGCCUCGACUCGUCCGACACGCCCAGCGCAUUUUGCACACUUCGCCGGUCUUCUACCUUCAGUCGGCCACUCCGAACCCUCCAUCGUCCAUCGGCCCGUCUCCGACGGCGACGACGACGAUGACGCUGACGACGACCGCCACGACGGGACUCACGAAGCCGGCGCAUGUGACCGACAUGUUGGCCGGCCGGCCAGUCCAGCCGAUGUCCACUCCUGAAGCGCCCAACAACCGACCCGCGGCCACGUUGCAGACUCGCAAAUGUGCCGAUCUUCUAUCCGACCUCUCCGCACUCAGUCGUCCUCGACUUCGCAACAAACUGGAGCCUGAGGAGCAGAAGAGCGUCUGGCCACGACUGCCCCGACGCAGACAGACAAAGCUGAGCCCCGAGGAGGACAGGGACCGAAUGAAGGAGGAGGAGGAGGUGGAAGAUGAGGAGGAAGAGGAUGAGGAGGAGGAGGAGGAGGAAGAGGAAGAAGAUGAGCCAAAGGCCAGAAAAUCCCACUGCCCUCGGGUACCCCGGUCCGGAGCAGAACGUUUCCGACUUGGGCUCGGCCUUUGUGCGUUCCAUGAAAGACAUCUACUUUCAGACAAGCUUUGUCUGAGCCAACCAGCCGCAGGAACUCCACGAUCCAGGGCCUUAGUCGACGCCUCGGUGACCGCAGACGGCCCAUGUUGUCAUGUAUCACCUUUUUUCCCAUCCCUACCGUCGCUCAGCCUCAUAGUUAUCUCGAAGCAUACAUCCGCCUCUCCGCUCCUCCACCCCAUGCCCCAUCUGGAGACCGCAAGUUCUGUACCUACUCAUCGGCUUCGUCGGCCUACUCAUGCAUUUCAUGUUUCUGGGUGCAUGUACAACCUGGCCGGAUCGCUUCAGCCUCGCUCCCGUUGUCUGGACUUGCAAUCUCGGUCGCCUCAGCUUUCCCGUUCGAUCUCAACCUCCGGCCAUAGCAACGCAUACAUCCGCGUUCACCAACUAGCAUAG